AUGUGGAACGACGAAGACAACAACCCUUACGGGAGCUUUGAGCGCCGUGACUCUUUUGCUUCCUCAACCAAUCCUGCUUCUCCGACCGCUCGCGAUUAUUCCAUAGACGCUCGCUUCCCAACUCCCCAAGAUGUUCGCUACGAUGCUCCUCUGACGCCCUCGGAUGCUGGUGACGACGAAGUACCGGGUCCCACUUACCCUAGGGAAGCAAGCGAUGCUGCGACCGAUGACGAGACCGAUGACCAAGCCCACGGCGAGCUUGUACCACGGCGCAAGCCAGGUGGCUACGACAGCAGAAUCGAGCAAAUGCUAUACGAAAACCCCGAGCUGCCCAUUUUGAUUACCGAGGCGGGCAAAAGUCAAGAAAGCGGCGGAAGAUUUAUUGUGUAUACCAUUAAGACUGGAGACUUGACCGUUCGCCGGCGAUAUUCCGAGUUUGCGUCACUGAGAGACGCCCUUACGAGACUUCACCCCACGCUGGUCAUUCCCCCCAUACCAGAGAAGCAUACGAUGGCCGAUUAUGCUGCCAAUCCCACAAAUGCCAAACAAGACCAGCAGAUUAUCGACCUACGAAAGCGCAUGCUUGCUGUUUUCCUAAACCGGUGCAGGCGCAUGGAGCAAGUCCGUACCGAUGGUGUAUGGUGGCGAUUCCUGGAUCCAAACUCAAGCUGGACGGAGGUCCUCCAUUCGCAUCCCGUGUCCUCCAUUCCGAAGCAGAUUAUGAAGGCGCCUCCCCUGGAUCCUGCGAAUCCGACUCCUGGACACAGCUUCCUUCCUGUGCCAAGUAGCUCGGCCAAGUUGAAGACAUUGCCGACACAAGCUCUCGACAGUGCUGCGGCGGGGUCCCUUGCUCGGUUUCCACCCGACGCCAACUCCCUCAGCGAGCAAGACCUGGACGCCUAUUUCAUUGCCUUUGAGACCUCCAUCAAGGACCUCGAAUCGCUACUUACUGGACCGAUGGAGAAAGUAAACCGCCGCACGCUGAACCAUUUGUCUUCGUUGGCUUCAGACCUUUCAGAACUCGGCGCUCGAUACAACGCCUUUGCUUUGUCAGAGACGGCGCCUACCGUUUCAGCGGCUAUUGAGAGGGUUGGACAGGCGGCAGACUCGUCAUACAUUGCCACGGAAGAGCUUUCCACUUCGUUGAGCGCUAGUUUUGCCGAACCCAUGCGGGAAAGUGCGCAGUUCGCCGGGGUUGUACGAAAUGUGCUGCGCUAUCGGAUUCUGAAGAGGGUCCAGCAAGAGAUGACGACGGAUGAGCUCAACAAAAAGAGAGCCCUGUUAGAGUCGCUAGAGAGAAGUGAGGCGGAGGCCAGGAGGAUCGAUCAAUAUCUCAGCAGUAGCCAGCAGAUCCAGCCCCCUAGAAGGGAACCGCCGGCGCAGCACCGUAGGGACGGGAGUGGCGAGGACACUGCAUCUAUCGAUUCGGACUUUCCUCCUACGCACAGCGAUUUCUCUCAGGCACCAUCUGCUAAGAUCGGGGCGCCAGAGCGGACAGGAGGUAGCCCGAGUCAUAAGAAGGCGGCGAGCACCUCGAUCACGAACAAGAUCUUUGGGCCAAUUCGGCACGCAGUUCAAGGAGUGGUGGACGUUGAUCCUGAGCGGACCCGGCGUGACACUAUUGGAAAGACUAGGGAAUCCAUCGUGCAACUGGAGCAAGCACAGAUUGCAUCGGCCAAGGAUGUCAAGGACGCGAGCGCGAGCGUUCUUAAGGAUCUCAAGAGGUUUCAACGUGAGAAGGAGGAUGACCUCAAGCGGUACAUGCUCGCGUAUGCCAAAAGCCAGAUUGAGUGGGCAAAGAAGAACCAGGAGACUUGGGAGGAAGCGAAGGCCGAGGUCAACAAGAUCAACGAGUCUUAGUCGAACAGAGUUGUCCGUUCUCCGAGUGAGUGGGUUCAUAUUAAACGUCAUGAGGGAUGAUUUAUCAUGUGGAAAGUGUACCUACAACUUUCCGGGCGUUGAGGAGAUGUCAAAAGGGUUAUUUUGUGUCUUGAUGACGAAUAUCAAUUUAGACGAGAAUAAAAUAUAAUGAGAGUCCAUGCAUUA